GGGAGUUUAGGGUAAGGUGGGUGAGGAGUAAAUGGAGAGGUCACGGUGCAGGUUAUCCCGGGGUAGAGGGUGAAGUCUCUGGCCUGUCCAUCCCCUCCCAGGCAGGCUCUUCUCAGGCUGCUGGUCCCUGACCCGCCUCUGGGACAGCUCCCCAAACUGGGAAAUAGUUCUGAGUGAGAAGAGGGGAGGAGCUUAGGGGGGCCGUGCUUGCGGGCUGGGAAGUAGGCUUUCCCUAUGACUGGUCUGGUUGGCCAGGCUGGGAAGUCUCCCGGUGGGAAGAGGCUGAGGCAGUGGGAGAAGGAGGGGUGCCUGUACUAGAGUCCUGGGUGACAGUGGACAGCGCAGAGGGCGAGUAGGCGCAGCUCUACCAGGAAAUUGCAAAUGAGAGGAGGCAGCAGGACUUAGACUCUGAUCAGGGGAGCGAGGUGUCUGAGUGCCUGCUUGCUGUGCCCUCGGGUUAUGACGACCCCCAAUAAAGGAAACAAGGCCUUGAAGGUGAAGCGGGAGCCGGGAGAGAAUGGCACCAGCCUGACAGAUGAGGAGCUGGUGACCAUGUCAGUGCGGGAGCUGAACCAGCACCUGCGGGGCCUGUCCAAGGAGGAGAUCAUCCAGCUGAAGCAGCGCCGGCGCACGCUCAAGAACCGCGGCUAUGCCGCCAGCUGCCGCGUGAAGCGGGUGACCCAGAAGGAGGAGCUGGAGAAGCAGAAGGCAGAGCUGCAGCAGGAGGUGGAGAAGCUGGCCUCGGAGAACGCCAGCAUGAAGCUGGAGCUCGAUGCCCUGCGCUCCAAGUACGAGGCCCUGCAGAACUUCGCCAGGACCGUGGCCCGAAGCCCUGUGGCGCCAGCUCGGGGUCCCCUUGCUGCUGGCUUGGGGCCCCUCGUCCCCGGCAAGGUGGCCGCCACCAGCGUCAUCACGAUAGUAAAGUCCAAGACGGACGCCCGGUCGUAGGGACGCGCUUGCCCAGGCGGGUCUGCAAGGGGCCAGUAGGCGCAUGGCAAAUUCAGCAGCCCUGUCCCCCUCUCCCUCCCUCCUCUUCCUCCUCUUCUCUUCUUUUCCUCCUCUCCUACCUCCUCCCUUCCCUGCAAAGCACAACCUGCACCCCAGGGGCGCCGGGCUGAGCCCCUUUGAUCUCGUCGUUGUCAUCGUGUGUUUUGUACGUUGGGAUUGGUCAGUUUGGUGGUGACGUGGGGUCGCCCCUGCCCCCUUUGUACCACGGGCAGGUGGGCUUGGAGUCCAGAGUCGGCCUGUGGGAGUGGACAGAGAGAAAGAUUGACUGGGUGCUCUGGGGCACAUGUGUCCCUGAGCAGGGAGGGCUGCAGGGCAGGAGAGAGUCUGUUCUCGCUGCAGAAUGGCCCACAGGCUCUGACAGCCACCAGGCUA